AGAAUAACUAUUUAUUAAUUUUGACAUUAGUUUAUAUAUAAGAGAAUAAUCACUCUUACCACAAGCCACAGUUUAGGGUGGGAAGAAAAGGGAGAAUGAUGAAACUCUUCUUUGUGUUGGCGAUAUCAUUUGCCCUUCUCUUAAGCCUCUUCGAUUCUUCUGGCGAGAGUCCAAAACAUGGAGAGUCAAUGUUGACAGUUCAUUUCCCUGACUUCCAUCUGAUUCCUACCACCGGCGCUUUGGGACCGGAGAGUUUCGCCUUCGAUUUCUACGGCGACGGUCCAUUCACCGGUUUAUCUGAUGGUCGAAUUGUUAAGUGGACAGCUAAUGAGAGUCGUUGGAUGGAUUUCGCCGUCACCACUCCAACAAGAGAAGGUUGCGAGGGCCCGCACGAGCACCAACGAACGGAACAUGAGUGUGGUCGACCAUUGGGCCUGGCCUUUGAAAAAUCCACUGGUGAUCUUUAUAUUGCCGAUGCUUAUAUGGGACUUCUUAAAGUUGGUCGAGAAGGUGGUUUAGCCAAUCAAGUAUCUACACGUCAGCUGGAUAAGCCCCUUAGGUUUACCAACGCUGUGGAAAUAGAUCCACGGACUGGAGUUGUCUACUUCACUGAUAGUAGUUCGGUUUAUCAACGAAGGAAUUAUAUAGGUGCAAUAAUGAGUGGGGACAGAACCGGUAGAUUGAUGAAAUACGAUCCAAAUACGAACCAAGUGACAACUCUUCUAAGCAACCUUGCGUUCGCAAACGGCGUUGUUAUGAGCCAAAACGGGGAUUACCUUCUCGUGGCAGAGACUGCCACAUCUCGAGUCCUACGCUACUGGCUCAACGACAGGUCGGUUUCUAAAUCUCACGAGAAGUAUGAGAUUUUCGCGGAGGGGCUCCCUGGGUUCCCCGACAACAUAAAGAGGUGUCCACGUGGUGGAUUUUGGGUAGGCCUGAAUACAAAACACUCAAAGCUGACAAAGUUCGCCAUGUCGAAUGCCUGGCUAGGACGCGCCGCUUUGGGCUUGCCGGUGGACUGGAUGAAAGUUCAUUCGUAUUGGGCUAAGUACAAAGGGAACGGGAUGGCCGUGAGGUUGAGCGAAGGUAGUGGCGUAAUAUCGGAGGUUUUCCAGGGUACAAUUGGAAAUAAGUGGAUCUCUAUAAGUGAGGUGGAGGAGCGUGAUGGAACUCUAUGGGUUGGAUCGGUGAAUACUCCCUACACUGGAGUGUAUAAAAUCUAAACAAAUCUUCAAUUGUUAUUCAUACAACAUAUAAUGAUACUUUCUACAUUUCAAUUUAUUUGAUGUUUAAGAAUUUUUUUGUGCAAAAUAAGUAAUGUUCUCAUUGUUUUAAAUAAAAAUUUAAUGUUUUUUGUA